CGGCCGCGCUUCUCCUUCCGGGCGAGGCAGCGCGGGCCGGGGCGGAGCCAAGAUGGCGGCGGGGUGGCUGUGGCGGCGGCUGUGCCAGGGAUCAGCUUUUCCUGUCAGUUAUGCAAGAAGAAUGGUGCAAAAGCAGUAUUUUCUUCCGAGCUCCAACUUGAUGGGAGCACGGCUGGCUGGAUCCCAUGGUGAUACACAGGAGAAAAAGGCUAAUCCUUUGGUAUCUAUUUCAGAUGAGCCAGAAACACUGUACAAGAGGUUGUCCAUUUUAGUUAAAGGCCAUGAUAAAGCUGUGUUGGACAGCUAUGAAUAUUUUGCAGUGCUUGCAGCUAAAGAACUUGGCAUCUGUGUUGAAAAAGUAGAUAACCCCCCAAAGACAAUAGAACGAUUUACACUUCUCAAAUCUGUACACAUUUACAAGAAGCACAGAGUUCAGUACGAAAUGAGAACACAUUACUUGUGUUUAGAGUUAAAAUACCUAACAAGCAGUACUGCUGCAGUUUACUUGGAGUAUGUGCAACGAAACUUACCUGAAGGGGUUGCCAUGGAAGUGAAAAAGACUAAGAUAGAGAAAAUACCAGAACACAUUCAGAAACCUGUUUGGGAUACACUACCUCAAGUAGAAGAAACUGAAGUAAAGUCAUGAACUGGUACUUGGCUCCAUUAGUACUGAAAUUCAUUGCUCCUAUCAACCUCAUUUACUGAGACAGUCCAUUGUUAAAUAAAGGUUCUCUUAUAAAUAAAUUAUAUAAACUCUU